AAAAAUAUUAACAAUAACGCGUAAUUUAAUCCCCGCCCCGCAUCGUAACGUUUUACAAAAGGAAAAAAAAUACGUUACGUAAUACUUGAACGCUCCCUUAUACAUUUCGUAAUUUAUAGUAACUUAUAACUUAGUUUGAUCAUUUACGUGCUUUUAUAUUUCAGAUCACCUAAGUUGUUUUAAAUUUAACUAGUAAGUAAUUUUCUUAUGGUAAGGUGAAUUGUAUACAUCUUUUUACAUAUACUUUACUCUUUAAGAUCUGUCAAAUAAUUAUAUUGUAUUUCAUAUAAUAUGUAAUAUGGUAGAUUUUUUUUUUCACUUAGUUUAUAUAGAAAAUUCGAUAUUUUGAAAGGAAGUGGUUAAAAACUGUAAAUGUGACUAAAGUAUGAAAUAAAAAACUACGAUAGUAAGAAACUUUCUUUUUUGUCAUCCAUUCAUACGUUUUCCUCAUUGUUUCAAAACAAAAAUUUCGCAGCAUUCAUUGUUACUAGAAAUCGGUUUUUAAUCAACAGGAUCGGUUCUUGAGUGAAUUGUUUAUUCCUAUAUUUAUAAUGGAGAAUUUUUUAACAAAUUUUGUUCGAACAUUUAUACUAUCGACCCUCAUAAUGACAUCACAGGCGAAAAAGCAUAAUAAAUCAUUCUAUAAAAUGGCCCCAAUAUAUGUCAAUGACAAGCCGGCAAUAUUCGCGCACGCCGAGAGUCCAGUUUGGGAUGUUGAUACGCAAUCACUAUUCUUUGUAGACGUGCACAAUCAAAACGUGCACCGCUAUGAUUAUUCCACAAAGAAAUUGUACACUAAACAUAUUGAUUACGGUCAAGUGAAUAUAGUAUCAUUAGUAGCGGGUUCUCGAAGGUUAUUAGUAGCGGUUCGUUCCGCGUUAUACUUGCUCGAUUGGAAUGUAUCAGGUGAUGCAGCAUUGAGGCUUCUAACUACGGUGGACCAAGGCCUACCUGAUAAUGUCAUAAAUGAAGGAAAGCCGGAUGGCGAAGGUCGAUUUUGGGGUGGUACAAAAGGCCCACAAGUAGGUGAUGACGUACAACCCGACAAGGCAACUCUGUAUAGUUUUGAACCGGAUCAAGAGGGUUACGUCCAACCACGCGUUGUCCUUCGCCCGGUUUCUAUAUCUAACGGAUUGGCAUUUUCACUUAAUAAUACUAUUAUGUACUAUGUCGAUUCGGCUACUCAAAAGAUUGAGGCGUUUGAUUAUGACGCGCAGAGAGGGGAAAUUAGUGGCAGACGAACAAUUUUGGACAUAACAACCUAUGGAUACGAUGAUGCAAUACCGGAUGGCUUGACAAUUGACAGUAAUGGACACUUGUGGGUGGCUCUUAUGUUUGGAGGAACUAUACUGCACAUAGACCCUGAGGCAAGACAAGUUAUUUAUGGAUACAAGCUGCCGGGUGUACGAACAACCUCUCUUUGCUGGGGAGGCCCCGAUUUAGACGAACUUUAUGUCACCACGGGACGAGAAAAAGACGUCAUCGAACCGUUUGCAGGCGCCAUCUUUACAAUAAAGAAUACUGGCAGCCGAGGAGUUCCCGCGCAUACAUUUAGAUACGACAAUGCGGAUAGUUAUUAAAUUAAAACAAUUUUGUUAUU